UCACAAAUAUACUGAUAUAUAGAAAUGGCAGCAAUAUGAGAAAAUUUCAGAGAUCAAAGCUGCGGCAAUCAUCCCAGAUAGGUAGAUGGGGUAUUUGACUCAUAGCUGCGGCAGCAUGCACAAGGCUCAUGAUGAUCACUAGUCUAGUCCACCCUCCCAAGUCAACGUUUCCUUCUGUAUAUACAUACAUAUACAUAUAGUUAUUUGCAUAUCGGAAACUCUCAUCUCGAGCCUUUUCAGAGAGAGCAGGAGCAGCAAUUUGCAGCAGGAGAUUUAUCCCGAAUUAUUAAGCAAAAACGGAGACUUGCACUAUUUCGCUACAAAAUAAUGGAUGGAGAUGCUCUCUCUGCUUAUAUUAAAGCUUUUGACGAAAAGCUAGAUGGCUUGACUCCAAUUAAUGCUGAAGAUCAUUGCAUAUUUAAAGUGCAUGAGCAGUUACUUAAGGUAAACGAGAAGGCUUACAAACCCAUGCUGCUUGCCAUCGGUCCUUACAACGACCAUAGCAAGGUUGGCCAAGGGCUUAUGGAAGAGCAUAAACUGUGGUAUCUGAAGCAAAUGCGUGAAACGAGAAAUGACCGCAGUGUGAAAGAAUACAUUAAAGUCUUGUGAGAACUAGAAGGGAGAGCCCGUAAAUGCUAUGUAGAAUGCAUUAGCCAGAACAAAGAUGAGUUUGUAGAAAUGAUGCUACUUGAUGGUUGUUUCAUAAUUGAGCUGUUCCGCAAGUGGGAUGGGUCGAGUCCAAGGGAUGGACAUGAUCCAAUCUUCGAACUGGAUUGGAUGCUUCCUAAAAUAGCUCGCGAUCUACUGUUAUUUGAAAAUCAACUUCCAUUCUUUGUUCUGAGUAAAUUAUUCUUGAUGAUUGAGAGUAGCCAAACACCACUUCCCAACCAAUCCGAACAUUUAGGAGAACACCCCAUCGAGAUUGAGCAGAACAAUGAAAUUACCUCUUUUGAAAGCUCAACCUCCAUAGAUCAGAGUGUCCAGAUCAGACGAUUUGGUGAUCUUGCCCUUCUUUUUUUCCAUGGUUCAUUACCAUUUCAAUGGAAUGUCAAUGGAUCAAGUUCUUAUUCAAUCAAAGAUACCAAGCAUCUACUUUCUCGGCCGCAUAAAGCUAUCACUCCUCCAGUUGCAAAAAUUGUAUAUGAGCAUCUACAGGUUGGAGACAAAUUCAAGAACGCAAAUUUUAAGCAUCUACUUGAUCUGAUACAUACAAUUAUCAGGCUUUCAGUACUUGAUAUGGAACUACACCGUGCCAAAAAAUGUCAAGAGGUUGGAGUCAAAUUCAAGAAGGGAGACAUAUUUAAAAAUUUGUUUGGCCUGAUAAGUAGAGUUGCAAGUCCUUUACUUGCAAAAAUGGAAAAUAUGAAGAAGGGCCGUAAGAAAAAGUCAAGAAGUUAUGCCAUAGAGUUAGAGGAAUCUAAGCUUCCAUAUAGUCGGAAGAGGAUUGAAGACUGGAACUCAAUACCGUAUGGAACGCAACUUCGAGAGGCUGGAGUCGAAUUCGAAAUGGCAGAGAAAUUUAAAGACUGGAACUCAAUACCGUAUGGAGAAUUUAUUAUGGAACUACUGCAACAGAGCUUAAAGAGAGUGGUCAAAUUCAAGAAGGCAAAGCAACGUACCACGUUUGCCAUACAGUUUAGCAAUGGGGAAUUGGAAAUUUCGCCUCUGAGAAUAGAAGAUGAAACUGAGACUUUCUUGCGAAAUCUAAUUGCAUAUGAGCAAUAUGAUCCAAACAAGGAUUCGAGUUACGUCACCAACUAUAUGUGCUUCAUGGAUGAUCUCAUUGACUCUCCAAAGGAUGUCGAAUUACUCCGUCAAAAAGGAAUUAUUGAAAAUUGGUUGGGCGAAGAUAAAAUUGUUUCUACCAUGGUUAACAAGCUUGGUCACCAUGUCUCCCUUUCACCCAGUAAGUCCAUUUAUGUUAAAACUUCCAUUGAUAUGAACAAACACUGCGCCAAACGCUGGAAUGUUUGGAUGGCAAAAUUGAGGCACAAUUAUUUCAAUAGUCCAUGGGCUUUGCUUUCAGUUUUGGCGGCUAUCUUGUUGCUCGGACUUGCAAUUACACAAACCGUGUUUUCUAUUAUUAAUUAGGUUUUCAUGUAGUGUCUUAAUCUUAUUUUUCUCUUAGUUGAUGUAAUAUAAUGUUGAAUUUAAUAAGUCUUUUGUUUGAGCUACAAACCCCCUUUCAUUGAAUAAUAAUGUGGAGGACACAUCUACCACGUACAUAUGCUUGAUUCUCAUAUUGCGUGAGAACUAGUCUGACUAAUAGAUGGGGGUAUAGUCAUGGAAGUAGAACUUUGAGCCAACCCUAAAUAUCGAAACAACCAAUAAUUGAAUGUAUAAUGAUAAACUUUCCUUGAAAUAGCAAGCUAGCUCGUAGAAUUCUCCCCUACAUGAAUAACGCAUGACUUUAAUAUAUAAUAAGACUUACAGUGGUGUCAGCGGCGUGA